UGCGCAUCCGUGCGGCGCGGCGGAGCACCGAGCGCGUCCUGGCUGCUCCCCAGGACACGUGCCACUUUCACGCCCCCCUCCCCCGAAUCACCGCUACUUUGCCUUCGCGCUGGCUGAAGCGCGUAAGCGAUCAAAGUUGGUAACGAUGGAGUCAAAGCGAGAAAAGGACCAAGAUGGAGACUAUGAGAAGGUAACUCCGGUGCUAUUGAAGUCACGAACGGGAGAAUUUGACCUGGAGUCCAUACUGUUUCUUAAACUGAGAGGUCUUGGAAUACAUGAUCUCGGAUGCAUUGGCGAGUGUAUAAAUCUGGAGAGACUGGACCUUGCUGGAAAUAACAUUACAAACUUAGGUCCUCUGGCAUCUCUCCGGCUUCUCUCUGUACUCAAUUUAUCUGCCAACAGGAUCUCUAAUUUAGAGCCACUGCGCAGUUGUGAGAGCUUACAGAACCUAAACUUGGCUGGUAAUAUCAUAACCAGCGUUGAGAGCCUUAACUGCCUUCAGUCCAUAAGAAAGCUUGAAAAUAUCCGUUUUAAAGACAACACUUACAAUUACACAAAUCCAGUUUGCAGGAACGUAUCAUAUAGAACCAUAGUUCUUGAGAUGUUCCCCAAUAUUAAGGUGCUGGACGGUGAAAGAGUGGUCGGACGUGGGAGUGACUUGUACCAAUUAUGCAAAGACAUCGAUGACACCAUCAAAGCUGGUUUAUACAAGAACGGGCAGAUUAUUGAACAUUCUGAUUGCAAACCAUGGGUGGAAGAUACUUACUGGGAGAUAAAGAGAUCAAACAAUGCCAUUAUUGAAGAAGCCUACAAGCAGUUCAACGAUGUUCUACAUGAAUGCAGACUCCUCAACAACCGAGCCAUUCAUGUGAUUUCACAAACUGAAAGAUCUAUGAGCCUGAAGAAGCAGCCAAAGCAGUAUGCCAUUUAGACUGGGCUAAUUUGUGAGCAUCAUUUUGCAACCUUUCGUGGUGUGGUAUACUAUAGGCUAAUGUACUGUAGUUUUUUCAAAUUACUAAGCUAUAUCCAAAUGCUUGAUGGUGUCAUUGCCAUACACACAUGCUCUGUGUUGCAGUGUGAGGCAUUUGUUCAGUUAUACUGCUUCCUAUGCAUCGGAUGUCUGACGAUACAUGCAAGUGAUUUUAAACCUUUAUCCUCACUGACAUCCCUCAGUUUGGUUCAAAGAUGUCCUUACUUGCACAAUGUGCAUUUUGUACCAUGCUGUAGUCUGCAUUUACGCUGGCUGAAAGCGAUGCUGCUUGAGGAUUUCUAUAGCUUUUUAGCAACCAAGAGCUUUUUCCUUUUGCAUUGUUGAAUAAUUUUGGGAGUUGUGCGUGCGUCCCAUGCUGUGCGCUUUGUUUGUAAGUUGAACUUUUGCAAAAAUUGUUUGAAUGAUUGUUUCAGCUGUUUCUACUUGUUUUAUACCAUAAAGUUUAUUGUGUACAACCAACUUGUGGAAAUAUUCAGCGCUUAUAAAGAUAAAGAAGUGUACUUCA